AUUCAUGAUUUAAAUACAGCUUAAAAGAAAUGGUUGAAUGGUUGGUGUACUGGCUUAGAAGAGAGAUGAUAGUGUUAAAUAUCACUAUUUAUUGUCUAUGAAAUUGACUUUUUGCACAUUUGUUUAACACAAAGACUAUGUUUGAAUUGUGAAUUUGAAGAAUGAUUAAGACAAACGGAAUGAAACAAAAGUUGUUUUUUUCACCAAAUUUUUUUUUUUUUUUCGUUCCUACACAAAUCUCUUCGUAAAUUUAAAAUGCAAACACACCAGAAAAUGUGCUCACUAAUGCUUCUCAAAGCAUGGCCACUGUGAAUUGUGGAAUCCAAACUAUUCUAUAUUCAACAACCUGAUACUGCUGAAGUCUCAAAAGUGGAAAAUUCCAAAAUAAUUAGGACCAUAUUUCUGACCACAUAUUCAACCUUAACAGGGCUGACUUCUCUAUCCCUAAAUCGCCAUAUAUUCUUAAUUAUUGAAUCAUAAAAUCAUAUCUUAAUAUUCACAUGUUUUAAAAUUUUUAUAUAAUCUAAUGAUUACGAUUGCAUUAAAGUGGGAGGAUAGAGAGAUUUGGCACAGAGGAUCUUUAACCCUGAGAGAUACACAACGCAUACCACAUGAAAGAAAAAUUAUUAAAUGCACCUGAGCAUUGGGUCCACGACAAUCACAAAUUGAAAUCUCGCGCAGUCUUCCAAAUAUUAACACAAAAAGUAACAAAUUUCACUGUAUAAAUCAAUCACAUUCAAAUUAAGACUUAAAAUAGCAAAUGCCAAGGACCACCACUUCUCCACAUGAAGAGGUGAAUUAACUCCAACCCCUGCACAACAGAGCCUCAAGUUUGCACUGCAGCAGUGUGUUUUUAAAGACACUGACAGUGACACCAUAUUUCAAAGCACAUCUUCAAGGGUAUCAGUAAGGUUUCAUAAAGAGUGUUGGUGAUGACUUCAUUCUCACAAUUCAAUGUGGAGACACCAGAGUUAAUUACAAAUGCCACUCAUUUGGACCCCUCUACUGACCUCCUGGUAAUUCAAUAAAGAUUUACCUCAAAUUCUUUUUUUUCAAAUUUCUUACUUAUCUAAAUGAAACCAAAGUUAAUAAGAAGCAGUUGAGGUUGUCAACAAUAUUAAAUGCUAUACAUCAAUUUGGCAAUAUUUUUUUUUUUUGGUUGGAAAUGCUCAAGUUAUUCCUAUAUAUACAUCAUCUACUACCCAUUGCAGGUUCACCAGCUAACAACGCUUAGCAACUCCCGCUUCCCCUAAGAGUAGACUAGAUAUCUACGAUAUUUCGAAUCCUCAAAAAAGUGCAACAAACAGCGAGGGCUAUUAUACAGAGACGUGACUAAUGCCAUUAAGUUAUAUUUUAUGAAUGAAUUAAGUUGGAAUAGAAGUAAUAUUUUGUAUGUCCUAAAUUAAAACCAGACUUUAUUUCUUACGCCUCGUUUGGGAACAAGUUAUUUUAGUAACUUUUUUGAGUUUUUGGCCAAAAUAUGAGGUAAAAAAACUAGUAUGUUUGGGGUGACUUUUUGACUUUUUACGAAAAGAUGUGCAAAAAGUAGGGAGAAAAUGAAAUGUUUGACUUUUUGGUAUAUGUUAUAGGCUUUUUGAUUCUUUUAGUAACUUUUUGGCUUCUAGGCUAAAACAGCUACUUGCCAAACAAGACCUUAGUUUUGGAUUUUCACGGUGCAAAGUCUUGGAUUACUUAUGCUAUGUUUGAAUCUUAAAUUCGUAAACGAAAAGUAAAUACAUAAUUUCCUUGGUUGUGACCUCCAUGAAUAUGAAAAUUACACACCUCACUAUUAGCAUAUAAUUGCAUGAGCAUGUUGGAAGUAUGAGAAUUUUUAAACUUCCUAAAUGUUGCUGCUCCUUAGGAAAGACGUCUUUUUAUAAACAAACUACAACAUUGAUAGUUGUGACUUUCAUGAAUAGUCACUAUCAAAGUCUAUCAAAAUACCUUAGGACUCUACAACACUCUCUCUCUCUCAUUUUAUGGACAACUUUGAUCAUAUGCGAUUCUUCAUAUUGGAGGCAUGACAGUGAUAUGAGUUGAGCAUUGGAGUAGUUAAUAUUUUUUGCAUAAAACAAUAAUAAUAGCUUUAGGAAAAUGACUUGUCAGCCUCCCAAAUUCACAAGCUAAAUUUUUCUACUACAUUUUAAUUUGCAUAUUUGCAUAUGUAAUUAUUUUGUUCAUUCAUUUUUUGUAAUAGUUCGGUUAUGGUUUUUGAUAGUAAGAAUUUAUGAUAUAAUCAAUAAAUUUCUGUAACAGACCAUUGUGAUGCUUACACAAUCAAUUGGUGAUGCAUUGUGCACAAUGUGAAUAGCUAUCUAACAGCCUACUAGUACAAAAAUCAAUCACAAAAUUGCAAGUGUCUGUGUUCUGUUUUGUGUAUUUCUUUGUUAGUUGCACUUUUGGAAUAGCUUUACAAAGCACCCUACUUUUUUUUUCUUCAAGCUCUCUUAAAUUGGCUAAGGUUCUAACCAAGUCCUUUGUCACCAUUCAAAAACAAACAAACAAGCGUGGGACAAAUUCAAAAAGGCUCUUUAUUUGUCAUCCUAACAAUAAUAGGACAUAUAUCACCACCUUUAAGAGGAACUAAACAUGCCUUCUCAUCUCACAACAGACAACAUUGGGACAAAUUUAGAAAGCACUUUACUUUAGCCUAACAAUAAUGUGGACAUCUAUCACCACAUUUAAAGGUGCUAAAAAUGCCUCCUCCCUCCUGACAAUGUGCAACUUUAAUAAAACCCUAACCUCCUCACCCAGAAAUUAUUUCACUUUGGCCAUUACUUGCACAAUAAGUCUAUGAACAUAGAACCACACGUAAAACAAUACGAGUGAAACUGCCUCUUUGAUAGCAGAUCCCACCAUCUGUUAUGUAUGACCAGGAUUAUUUUUUAUCUCUGUGAUUUAUUCUGUGUACAUAAAAUUAUUGUUACUUGCAAGAGCUCUCUCCUUAAAUAAAUUCUCCCCACCUGUCCCUUCACUUUCAUUCACUCCCUGAUCCUCUCUCUCUCUCUCUCUCUCCUGGUGAGUUUCACUGUUGGAGCAAGGGAAACGACUAUGGGGUUUCCUAGUAGUCUCUUGAGUAUCUUUCUUGCUGUAGCUAUGGUUCUCUUAGUGGCUCAUGGGGACCCUCUAGUUCCCAUAUUGUGCAUCUUUGGGGACUCUGUAGUUGAUGUGGGGAACAACAAUAACCUUAACACACUCCUCAAGGCUAACUUCCCUCCUUAUGGUAGGGACUUUGUUACCCACAAACCUACUGGGCGGUUCUGCAAUGGAAAGCUUGCCACAGACUUCACCGCCAAGUACCUCGGGUUCACCUCCUACCCUCCAGCUUACCUUAGCCAGGAUGCCCAAGGGACGAACCUCUUGACCGGUGCCAACUUUGCCUCAGCUGGUUCUGGUUAUUAUGACAGCACAGCACAGUUCUAUCGUGCUAUUUCACUCACCCAGCAGCUAGCAUACUACAAGGAAUACCAAAACAAAGUAGUGACGAUGGUAGGAAAAGACAGUGCCAAUGUCAUGUUCUCAGGUGGAAUCCACCUCCUGAGUGCAGGAAGCAGUGACUUCAUUCAAAACUACUACAUCAACCCCAUACUCAACAGAGCCUACACCCCUGAUCGGUUCUCCAACCUUCUCAUCAGAUCCUACUCUACUUUUGUCCAGAAUCUGUAUGGCCUGGGCAUAAGGAAGAUCGGAGUGACAACAUUACCACCAACUGGAUGCUUGCCAGCAGCCAUCACAAUGUUUGGGUCGGGGAGUAACCAGUGCGUUGCGAGGCUGAACCAAGAUGCCAUUUCCUUCAACAAGCAGCUAAACAGCACAUCCCAAGGCUUGCAGAACAGGCUCCCUGGUCUCAACUUGUGUCCUUGAUAAUCUACCCGCCUCUGCUGACCUGGUCAUGAACCCACUGAUAGCGGGUUCUUUGAAUCAAGGAGGGCUUGCUGUGGGACGGGUACAAUUGAAACAUCCAUGCUUUGCAAUGCCAGGUCUGUAGGGACAUGCUCAAAUGCUACACAGUAUGUGUUUUGGGAUGGUUUUCAUCCCUCUGAAGCAGCUAACCAAGUCUUAGCAUCAGCUCUUCUUGAACAGGGAAUCUCCCUUGUCUCUUGAACUGUACACUAUACAGUUGAAACAAUCCUCUAGUUUCCACUUCUAUCAUCUACUUGUACAUAAUAACAGUUGCUAUGAGAAAUUUAUAGGUGGUUUGGGUGAAUUUAGUUGUUUUGAGUGUUAGUUUCUCAUGGUAUUAUGUUUGUAAACAUUGGGUAUGAGGAGAGGGUCAACGUGUGUUUCUCCUAUUUUUUGCUUUGAUGGGGGGGGAAAAAAAUUAUGGCUGUAUUAUGAUUAAUGUGUGGUUCAUUCUCUAGCAAUUACCAUUUUGCAAAGAAACGUGCCAUGGAUUAUUUUAAAGUUCUAUUUCCAAAGUUCUAUUUCCAAACUUUGUCGUUAAGUAUGAUUUGGAAAAGAACAAAGACAUAAAAAUAAAACA